UCAGCGAGCAAGUCUAGCUUUUAUACUCGCAUUGGCGUGUUUGUUUACAUCCGCUCGUUUUAUGAGCCGACGCUUAUCUGCACUCUAGAGCUAUUAUCACAUGCAAUAUCAAUAUUUUCAAUUUAUUUUCCAUUCUAUUCGUCGUAUUUGCGUGUAAACAAUGAGCCGCUGGUCGCUGUUCGGCGUGUGUUUCAUCUGCUUGACCUUUAACAAUGCAGCCAUUGGAGAGCGUUAUGAACCGAAUUGGGCCAGUCUCGACAAGCGUCCAUUGCCCAGCUGGUAUGAUGAGGCGAAAGUCGGCAUCUUCAUACAUUGGGGCGUAUAUUCGGUGCCCAGUUUCGGUUCCGAGUGGUUCUGGCAGGACUGGUUAAAUUUGCAUUAUCCCAACUAUUUGAGUUUUAUGAAAAACAACUACAAGCCGAAUUUCUCUUAUCAGGAGUUUGCUCAUGAAUUCACAGCUGAAUUGUUCAAUGCUACAAAGUGGGCGCUGCUCUUUCGCGACAGUGGAGCAAAAUAUGUCGUCUUAACCAGCAAGCAUCAUGACGGUUACACACUUUGGCCCUCCACAUCGUCUUUUAGCUGGAAUUCCAUGGAUAUUGGGCCAAAGCGGGACAUAAUUCGUGAACUUUCGUCCGCCAUACGCAAAGAGAGCUCACUUAAGUUCGGCCUAUACUAUUCGCUCUUCGAAUGGUUCAAUCGUCUAUAUAUCAAUGAUAAAUUGCAUAUAUUUUUGGAACAAAAUUAUGUGAAUAGAAAAAUGCGUCCGGAACAAAUGGAAUUGGUCAAUGAAUAUUUGCCGGAGAUUUUAUGGUCCGACGGUGAUUGGGAAGCGCCAGCCAAAUAUUGGAAAGCGGAAGAGUUUAUAGCUUGGUUAUAUAAUGACAGUCCGGUGCGUGACACCAUUGUCACCAAUGAUCGUUGGGGUUUCGGCACAGCGUGUCAUCACGGCGACUUCUAUAACUGUCAAGAUCGCUAUAAUCCCGGCAUUUUGCAGGCGCACAAGUGGGAAAAUGCAUUUACGCUGGACAAAAGUAGCUGGGGACAGCGCUUCGAUGUCGAACUAAAUGAUUUUAUGACGUCGGAGGAACUUAUUGGUGAAAUUGUGAAAACCGUUAGCUGUAAUGGUAACGCUCUCAUCAAUGUGGGUCCCACGAAAUAUGGCACAAUUUUGCCCAUCUUCGAGGAACGUUUACGUGAUAUGGGCAAAUGGUUGAGCGUUAACGGCGAGGCUAUUUAUGGCAGCAAACCUUGGGUGUACCAAAACGACAGCAUCACGCCCAAUGUGUGGUACACACAACAGUUGGAUCCAAGCAAUUCAACGUCGAUUAUUUAUGCGAUCGUUCUGGAUUAUCCCUACGAUACGAAUGAAAUAGAUUUGCAUCCGAUCGGUAAUUUGGCAAAAGAUACCAAAUCGAAUGUACUGCUAUUCGGCUAUGAGGAGGAUAUGAGUGACAUCGGCAACGCCGAUAUGUCUGUUACGCUUUUGGGCAUGGAGCAUGCGCAAAUCGAUUGGUCUCUGAGCGGCAAUAAAUUACACAUCGUAUUCCCGCCAAAGCAUCAUAUCGACAAGAAUGGACUGAGGUUCGCGUGGACCUUUAAAAUUUCUAAACAUGGCAUAAAUUGGCUUUAAUUUAUAUAAGAAAACGUUUACAAAUACACACAACCGCUUCAAUAUACGAUGAUUCAUGAUUGUUCAGCAAUAAAUAUUCAUUAUUAUAUAUAUGUA